AUGAAUUACAGAACAAUUAAGUAAUUGACUAUUAUGCCAAGAUUUUAUCAUCAAUAAGAGAUAUUAAAGCCAUCAAAGAAAUUUACACUUAAGCCUAAACCUUAUUGUGAAACAUUACAUUUUUAGAGAGAAGUAAAUAUUAUUUAGAAUGUAUUUAAAGAGAAAUAAAAGUAGACUAGAAUGGUUAUUUGGAACAAUUUUUGCAUUAUUCUAUUUUAUGAAUAUCCAUGGAAAAGAAUUUAUUUAUUUUCCAUGGUUUUAGCCAUCAAAACCAGAAUAAUUGUGA